GUGGCCCCGCUUCCGAAACUUUUCACGCGUAUUAUUCUUCGCCGGGAGGGCGAAGGAAUCUCGUAGGAUUUCUCGUAGAAAAUUAACGGUGGAAAUAGUGAAACACGAACGGUGUGUAUGAUCGUGUUUACCAAAGGGUCGAGGGAAGAGGUGAAACCGAAUCGUUGCCGGAAAAAAAACCUCGACUCGAAUGCGAAGUGACGAAGAGUUUACGUGUUUUGAUCAUUAACGGCUCGAAUUAAUUGGAAUGGGUGAAGACAAAUCGGUAGAAUAAUUGGCGGAAAGUAGAAGACUUUAAAAGGUUAAAAGAUACCGGUUGUUUGAUACUCAACACGCGAACCUGUUUAGUUUUACUCGAGAAAGUAAAUAUUUAAAACGAGCGCAUAGAGGAAUUGUUGAAACUACGCGUGCAAUGGUUCCAUUUGCGUAAUGUUUCUUUCCAUGUAAAUUUCUUAAGAGCUUUGCCGAGUGGAUGUUGUGUGUGUAACGUGCACGGGCUAUAUUUUUUUAAAAUAAAUGUAAAUUCGUGCUACGUGAAAAAAAUCGCCACUUGCAAACAUUCUACAAUUACGUUAAUUAUUUCGUUCGUUCUUCCUCGAUCUUUUACGAAAAAUUCGAAUUUUUUAAUCUUUGACACAUUUCGUUCGAUGUAAACAUUUUACAUCGCGUUCUCUGUCUAUCAAAAAUAACCAUCAUCAAUCGUCGUAUUACUUUUGCAUUAUUUAUAAUUUUCCGAAACAUUGAUAAAAUGCGAGGAUAUCGCGGAUACUUCCUUCAAAUUUAUUUACCUUUUUUUUUUGUUAUCUCGUCGCUGGGCAGAUAAAAUUAUUUAUCGUAGACAUAUGUACGAUGGUUAGAUCACAGAUACAAAACCUGUCGUGACUAUACAGGGUGACUUUGAAUUUGAAUCAGAUAGAAAAAAAAAAAGAGAAAAGACACUGAGGGGUAAAGAGAGGCGAGAUUUCACAGACUUAUCUUUCAAUUAGAAUUCAGUUUCUCCGUUGAUGUUCUGGAAUUAAAUGAUGAAUAACAAAAUUCUCGUUAUUAACGAUCGUAUUAUAUUUAUUAUUACAAGAUUAUACGAAUUAACAAGAACAAUAUCUUUGAAUUGAUUUUUUUUUCUUUUUAAAUAGCCACGAAAUUCCGCCUAUAAUUUCACACGUGAUAGACGAAUUAUAAACUUUUCUUCGACUUGGUCGAAAAAUUAUAACUACGUAUAAAUUUUGAUUUCGACGAAAUAUAUACGAAAAGCGUUUCAUCGACGAAAGUGGAAAUGGAUUAAAUAUAUUAUUAAACGGAAUAACAGAGACAAAGUUGUUGAAGGAGUUGAAUUCGACUUUCCUUUCUUAAUAAUGCGCGAUGACUCGAUUAUGACACUGACACGAUUCCCUUUAUAAUCGCGUAAUAAAAAUUUAUUUUAAUCGAACGGUGACACGGUAAAACGGUAAUUACGAUAGCAAAGUAUUACGAAACGCGUCUUCUCGAGCGAUCAAUUAUCAUCGUCGAUCCAAUGACCCUCCUUGUCUUCGGUCCGAAACCGGAGCAACCGGAAGUCAGAUGUGCCAUCCAUUCCCGUUAGAGGAACAAAUUACCCUUCGUGAAAUCCUAUAUAAAGGAGUUUGAUGGAUUGUAAAAAACGAGAAAAUAAUAAAAUAGGGAAACGUGAACGACGUGAACUCGAGAAUGAUGAUAUCAACACCCUCCUGGUUGGAAUUUAAUAGCUCGGCGUACAACGAUGAGAUGAUAUUCUCAUACAUAGAUUCCGAGGAUAUAAUUCGUCACCUCCUCGCCAAGUUUCAAGGCAAGACUAAUUACUUGUUGAUCGUCCUCUAUGUUUUCGUGAUGGCGCUCGCGGUGACGGCCAACAUUCUCGUCAUCGCGGUUGUUUUCAAGUAUCAUUACAUGCGUAGCGUGACUAAUUACUUCGUGGUUAAUCUGUCCGUGGCGGAUCUUUUGGUGACCACGAUUUGCAUGCCGGUUGCCGUCAGCCAGGCGGUCUCGAUGAAAUGGAUCCACGGCGAAAUAAUGUGUAAAAUUUCCUUCUACUUACAGGGUGUUGCGGUAGCUGCCUCGGUUUUUACUAUCACCGCGAUGAGCAUUGACAGAUAUUUAGCGAUAAGAAGCCCCAUAGCUUUUCGACGAGUUUUCAACCGCAAGAGCACGGUCUUCGUUAUCAUAGCUCUCUGGGUGGUCGCUUUGAUCAUCUUUGCUCCUCUUCUCAGAGUGACAUCCCUUCAGAAUCCAGGUAUCAUGAUACUCAGGAACAUAUCCUUUCACGGGUCGGAUUUCGCGCAAAAUAUCUCCACCGAUUUGUAUUUCUACAUGUGCUUGGAAGAUUUCAAAUCUGUGGGUAUCGAGGCCCCGCUUUUUGGCACCAUGUGCUUCGUGCUGGUUUACGCUAUUCCCGGAUUCGUCGUGGUGCUAUCGUACAUCAUGAUGGGCCGUACACUGUGCGCCAGGAAACCGCCAUUCGAUUGCGACGGUGCCCAGGGAAGCGCCAGCUCGCAACAGAGUUUCAGGCUGGUACGUGAGCGAAGGCGAAUCGCUUGGAUACUGCUUCUUCUGGCUGUGCUUUUUGCCCUCUGCUGGCUCCCGUAUAACGUUUUAAUGCUCUUAAAAGACUUGGAUAUAAUCAGUGUGAGAGGGACAGAGAACGGAGAAGCGGAAGGGUGGAACAAUGCUUUCUCCUAUUGCCUGUUUCUAGGACACGCGAAUAGCGCAUUGAAUCCCACCGUGUAUUGUUUUAUGACCCGUAAUUUUCGUCAGAACGUGACUGAGAUCCUCUGCUACAGCCCCUGUGGGCUUACACGUGGAACGACUCAUCGAAGGGGUGCUCAAGGGACUGGAGUGAUCGAUGAUAUGUGCGCAGGCAGUGCCAGUGGCACGAUAAGACGAAGCUUACUUCGCAAGCAAAAAAUGUUACCUGGAUGCGGGUGUGGAUUGCCGAUCGGUGGCAAUCACGCCGUUUUAACCCUUCGACGAACGACCACGACCAGCUGCGACAGCUUUUACUCAAGGCACAGCCCUCAUCGUCGUUGUUACAUGCUGCGAAGUCUUAGAGGAAGGCCGGACACGGCGAUCGGGCAUGUACACUUAAAGAAAAGUCAGGAAACCAGUUGCGAGAAGAGCAAGGCAGUUCAACCUGUGAACACUUUGGUUAUCACGGACGAAAAACGUUGAUAAACAAAAAAAUUCGAGUUAACCGAGUUAAUUAUCGAGUUAAUUUAAGGAUUAACGAGAGUUUUUAGUGAGAGUCGAUUUCUUACAGACAUGCGGAAUAUGUCGUUAUGUGUUUGUAAAUAUUCGAUGUACAUACAAAGAUCGACGGCGUAAAUGGAAACAGAGGACUCAAUUGGUGAUCGAUUAAAAUAGCGGAGAAUCAUUUCUCGAAAUAUUUUCUGAUUUACCUGCAAAUUUAUUAAUAUAUAUAUUUAUAAUAUUAAUAUUUAUUAAUAUAUGUAUAUAUAUAUAUACAUUAGAUGUAGAUUGCACGAAUAUAAAGGUGAACGGUGAAAUCGAGUAACAGUUCAAUUGGGAUGGUUUUUAAUCUUCUCGAAAAGAAAA